AGAGACUUCCAAAACCAAGGAGAGAGAGAGAGAGAGAGAGAGAGAGAGAUGGACAUUAAGAGAUAGGUAGAAGUUUUAUGAGCACAGCGAGCCACAGAAAACGUGAAGCGAGUAAAUAGAGAUGAAGAGAGACUGUAUUUUGAAUGAAGAACCAAGCAAAUUAAAAGGCACUUGUCUGAUGUCAAUGAAAACUUCUGUUCCUCCGGCAGACCCGAGCAUUUCCAGCUUGGACUCAGGUCGUUCUUCUUUGACGCCUCCUGUGACCCAGGCUCCUCAAGUGACGAAUGGGACACAGUGCUAUCCUUACCCUGGGUUGAGUUCUGCUGAAAAUACUAAGACCAGUUCUCAGAAAAAGUCACCUUCCCAGCCACAUCUCGAGAAGCAGAACUGCCGAGCAAGCAAUGAAGGGAAUGAGCAUCCAUACCUUCCCCCUGGUGCACAAGAGGAUUGCUGUGUACAGUGUACCCUGGCCCUAUUGUUCUGUCAGUUCCUAUCCCUGUGUAACCUGCUGCUGGACAUCCUGACUUGUGGUUCAUGCUCGGCUGACUCUGCUGGUUUCUGCUGUUCCUGCUGCUCUGCUGGUGGCUGUCCUGACUGCGCUGACUCUUGUAGUACUGACUGUGGCAUUGUGGAUGCUUGUUGUGAAUCCGCGGACUGUCUUGAGAUUUGUAUGGAAUGUUGUGGUUUGUGCUUUUCCUCUUGAAGAGCAGAUACAGAGCUGGGGGUAAAUGGGAACAUUAAAAAUGUAAAGUGUUGAUGUACAGUUACAGAUUUAACUGAAGAGCUGGAGAGCUGGAUAUUGUGAAGCUUUAAAGUUACAUCUUUGCAGACUGGAUACAAUAUACUGUACGUAACACAUGAUGGAAUGUCUGAAGUUCUUAAUAAAAUAAAUAUAUCUAGCAUUUGCUGAUGUGUAACAAACCUGAGCCAUUUAAAGUAAAACGUUCCCUGAGCCAUUACCUUUAACUCAUGAUGAACCUUGUGACAAAGGAGAAAAACUGCUAUAAAUAAAGCUACUGAACUUCUUCGCCUUUUAAA